AUGAAGCUCGCCGCACUCGCCAAGGCCACCGUGCGCGGUCAAGCCGCGUCCCCCGCGCGCGCGGAGGCCAAGCCCGCCGCGCGCGUGGUCCCACGCUCCGCCGAGGCCCUCAUGCUCGCCAGCAUCCUCGCGGCGAGCCCCGCCAUGGCCCUGGACGUGUCGGACUACGAGAAGCUCACCAAGCCGGCCCCUGCGGCCCCCGCGGUCAAGAUGGACGCCUCGCCCAAGGCGGACGCGCCCUCCUUCGAGGCGCCCUCGUUCGAGGCGCCCGACGUCGAGAUCGACCCCGUCAUCCUCGGCGCCGGCGUCGGCGGCGUCGCCGUCAUCGGCCUCGCGGCCAGCCUCCUGCGCGGCGAGAAGAAGCCCGUGCCCAAGGGCAUCCCGGCGCGCAAGGCCUUCCAGCUGCUCGAGGCCGAGGAGGACGUGCGCGUCUUCGACAUCCGCGCCGCGCCGGAGGUCAAGGCGAUGGGGUCCCCCGACACGCGCGCGGUGAAGAAGUCGCUCCUCAAGGCGCCGCUCUUCAAGAUCGUCAAGGGCGAGCCCGUGCCCGACGGAACCUUCGCCGCCAGCACCGCGAAGAAGAUCCCCGAGGGCACCGCCGCGCUCCUGAUCGACGCCGACGGCUCCACCGCCAACUCCGCGGCCAAGGCUCUGAUCGCCCAGGGGUGCGAGAACGUCUUCUUCGUCCAGGGCGGCGCGCGGGCGUGGGAGGCACAGGGUCUCCCGUGGAAGGCCCCCAGCAAGGGCUUCUCGCUGCCGGCGUUCGACCUGCGCAGCGUGACCGAGUCGAUCGACAAGCUCGCGGAGGACUUCAGGGAGUCGCCCGACGCGGCCAAGGGCGGCCUCGCCGUCGGGGCGCUCGCCGGCGCCGGCUUCCUGCUGUUCAACGAGCUGGAGGUGGUGAUGGAGCUGGUCGGUGCGUUCGCGGUGGGCAACCUCGCGGUCAACGGCCUGCUGUUCGCGGACAAGCGCGAGGAGACCCUCGGCACGGUCAAGAAGAUCAUCAACGAGGACAUCAAGCCCACCGAGGCCGGCGACGACCUCAAGGCUGUCGCCCGCGCCCUCUUCAAGGACGAGAAGGCCAAGACCGAGGUCGCCGUCAAGCCGACCGCCGCCCCCGCCAAGACCGAGGCCCCCGCCAAGCCGGCCCCGGCCCCGGCCCCCGCCAAGACGGAGGCCGCCGCCAAGCCGGCGCCGGCGCCGGCGAAGCCGGCCGCCGCGAACGGCGCUGCGGCCAACGGGGCGAACAAGGCCGCCAACGGCGCGGCCAAGGCCGAGCCGGUCGCCAAGGCCACGGCAACGGCGGUCAAGGAGCAGCCGAAGAAGGCCGAGUCGGCCAAGUCCAAGGCGGUCGAGAAGGCCAAGGCGUCGAUCAAGGCCAAGGCCGAGGCGCAGCCGGAGCUGAAGAAGCCCGAGCUCAAGGCCAAGCCGGAGCCCGUGGCCGUGGCGGCCGGGGGCAAGUCGGAGGCGCGCGAGUGGAUCGAGGAGUGGCGGCGGUCGCAGGACGAGGACUGA